AGUAGACGUUCCGAAUAUUCUGCCUCAAAAUUUAUAAUAUACCAAGAUGGACACCAACACAGCGAAGUCAACACCAACAUCGGGUUUUCAAAUUCCUCUUUAUGUUCUGGAUGAUCUAUGCAGUCGAUUUAUAAUCAACAUCCCCGAUGAAGAAAGACAGGACCUAAUCCGGAUAUUCUUCCAGAUAGAGCUGGCACACUGGUUUUAUCUGGAUUUUUAUUGUGCAGAAAACCAGGAACUCCGAUCAUGUGGAAUAAAAGACUUCUCUGCACAAGUGUUCAAGCAUUGUCCAUUUUUGAGUGGUCAUGCAGGUGAAGUGGACAAGAUCCUUGAGAAUUGGCGGUCCUAUAAGAUGAGUGUUCCUACAUAUGGUGCUAUCAUGUUGGAUCCAGAACUAAAAUAUGUCCUUUUAGUACAAGGAUUCUGGACGAAGAGUAGCUGGGGUUUCCCUAAGGGCAAAGUGAACGAGGAGGAGUCCCCGCACGACUGUGCUGUGAGAGAGGUUGAGGAGGAAACUGGAUUUGAUAUAGUAAGACUGAUAGACAAGAAUGCCUUCCUAGAGAACCACUUUAAUGAUCAGCUAACACGCUUAUAUAUUGUCCCAGGAGUUCCACUUAACACAAAGUUCCAGCCAAAGACACGAAAGGAAAUCAAGAGUUUGCAGUGGUUUCCAAUCGAAGCUCUUCCAGCUCACAAACAUGACCAGACCCCAAAACAACUAGGCUAUAAUCCAAACAACUUCUUCAUGGUCAUUCCAUUCAUCAAACCACUUAGGAAAUGGCUUGCUGGGAGACCGAACCUGUUAGAUGUUGACCUUAAUGAGUACAGCACCUCCACACAACACAAAACACAGAAAGGUGGAGGUAGUGAUGUGCGACACCAUCGUGAAAAACAGAAACAGAAACUACAGCAGUUCUUUGCCCAGCAAAACCAGCAGGAGUAUGAGGAUUACUUGCAGUUAAAGGAAAAUGAUCCAAAGUCCAGGGCAGAGUCCGCUAAUAAAGAUAUGAAAUCACGCUCAGAAUCGCCACGCAAGGAGCCUUAUAACAAGGGAAGACAUCUGGAAAAUAGUGAACCACCCCAAGGCAAAAAAGGAUAUCAUAUCAUGAAUCGGGAUGGUACGAUAAGUGGAUCUUCCAGAAGAAGUUUAAAUCCACAGUUUGAAAACAGUCCAGGUCAAAAACAGGGACAGCCAUAUGAUAACAGAAGCAGACUUCCGACUGUAGUAUUUGAUAGAACACAACCUCCACCUAGCCUCCCUGUGAAAUCCCAGCACGAAAGGACGAACUCCAAUAAUUCUCAUAACACGAACUCUCCUCAUAGUAAAGGACAAUUCACCCAAAAGAAGAACAAAUAUAUCAAAAUAACAGACCCUGAUGGUCUUGGGUCGGAGACUUGGCUUAACUUUCAUUUUGAUAUGUCGGCCAUUAUGUCAUGUAUUCAGUAAAGUGCUGUGAGUGUGUAAAAAGGUUGUUCGACCUCACUUCAAAACGACAUUGAUUGUGAUAAUGUGAGCCAGAUUGCUGCUGAAAAUAUGGACAAACAGGACAAUUAUGUCUAUGUAACAGUUAUGAGUGGAUAAAGAAAAUAUAAAUUUGACAUUCCUGUACUAUAAAACUUGAAGAAAAUAAUUACCGGUAUCUACCAUGAUGGCAUUCUUGAUAUAAUAUGAUACUUGAAGAAAGUAAUAAUCAACCAUGAUAGCAUUCCUAAAAGUGUAUAGCGCUAGAUAGUGUAUGUGACAUUUAUGAUAGUAGCAUAAAUGUAAAGAAUGAUAGUAUUGGACAGAUAUUAUUGGUAGUAUGUAUGGUGUGUUCGAUAUUCUGUACAUUAAUUAUCAUUAAAGGAAUAAAGUUAAUACAACUCUAGACACGAAGGAAUGUGGCAAAUUUGAUAGACUUGAUGAAAGCUAGACUUUAAAGUAUUUAUCAUACUCUGGUAAUUUAGUAAUGAUGGUGUUCAUAGAUACACAGUGUGUGAAGAGAGUAUCUCCGAUAUUCUCAGUAAUGUAGGUAAGGAACAAAUCUUUGAUAUUCUUUGUAAUUUGUAAAGAAAUUUAGUACAUAUUUUAUCUGAAUAAUUUUCGGCAGCAUAUCAAAUAUAAGAUGCUUAUAUGUACAUGUACUGGCAUUAUUCAGAUAAAAAUACAUUGUAUUUAAAAUAAAAUUUGCUUAAUGAGCAGUCUCCAUCAUUUCUCAGUCAGUGUUUUUAAGUUAGCACUGUUGUCCAUAUCAGUACAAUGUUUAUAAUGAAAAAGUUACGUUUUCCUGUCUGUAGAUACAAGGAAUAAAUAAAUCUCAAAACCUUUGA